ACACACUAAGGGUGGAUUCACGGAUCAAUAAAACAUUUGAAUUCUUAUAAUGUUAUCAUUAUGUAUAUAUAAUAUCACAGUUUUCUUUAUGUUAAUAAUGCUGCAGCAUUUUUAAUUUCACUGUGAAUAAAAAGUGCCGUAAAAUGUAAAUGUAUUAUCAGUAUUUUAUUUAAUGGAAAGUGCGGCUGGUGAAAAAAAAAACGGGAUACGUUCAAGAAGCAGAAACACGGAUUGGCGUUCCCAACUGUUUCAUAGCUGUUGUUGCUGAAGGGGGAUCUGACGGUACGGGUGAUAUUGUUUUGAAUGCAGCUCUUAUUAGUCGAAGGAGUUGCCCUCUCUGAGCAGCAUCACAUUUCUGAUCAACCUCACAUUAGAAAGAUUUUAAAGCUGCUUUGAUGCAAAAUAUACAACAGUGCUGAAUAAUUCAACUUCAAGAUGCGGGAGUCGCUCUGAGCUGUAGUUCUCCACGUAUCGGAUGGACCUGGUGGUGCCCGUCAGCUGAGACAUCGUUCACAAUCUGACACUGACAGGAUGGUGGAGCGGUCGGACCGAGCCCCUCUGCUGGACUGGGAGGAGGUUCCCUCAGCGGAGAAGGACCGACAGUCGAGCCCUUCAAACAGCCGUGCCUUAUCCGGAUCUCCCUCGCCUGGGUUUGGGUGGAGCAGCAGUCCGGGGGGUCCCACUCCCACUCCCAGCGCAGACGGCUGCAGCGCCCCGCCCGCGACCUCCAGCACCCCCGUGGCGGGCACGGAUGAAACGCUGCACCCCGACAAGGAGGGGCAUCCCUCGGAUUCAGGACCGAGGGAGGUGCUGCUGGAGGACAGGAUGGUGAAAUGGGAGGAAAAGGACCAAAUUGUGUCGGUAUUUGUGGUCACAUUCAACACCAGAUCAGGCAACAUGCUGGAGUGGUGUCUGCCCAAAGACAUGGACUUGGAGGGAGUGGAGUUCAAAGCCAUUGCCAGCGGCUCCCACCGAGUCACCACAGACUUUAUCUACUUCCGGAAGGGCUGCUACUUUGGCCUCGCCUGCUUUGCCAACAUGGCGGUGGAGAGCACGGUGGAGAGGGGGGCGAGGAUGAAGUCGGUAGGGAUCCUCUCUCCUUCUUACACCCUGCUCUACCGCUACAUGAGCUUCCUGGAGCAUCAGGUCAGGCUCCAACUUCAGUCCCCUGGCCACUACUCUCCUUUGGAAGCUUUCUAUGAGGACAAGAGAGCUCUUCUGCCCCCUAGUGGCGAUUGUGUUGUUACUACAUGUCCGGCAAACGCUUGGGGAGCUGCAAUCAACCAUAGCAUGCAUCCUGAAAUGAAGAUCACCCACCCAGCCGGCUGUAUGUCCCAGUUCAUCCGCUUCUUUGGGGAACAGAUCAUGGUGCUGUGGAAGCUGGCGCUACUCCGCCGACGCAUCCUCAUCUUCUCCCCACCACCUGUGGGUGUGGUCUGCUACAGGGUGUACUGCUGCUGUUGCCUGGCAAACAUCUCCAUUCCCGGGGUGGGCGUGGCCGUGCCCGAGUUCCGCCCCUUCUUCUAUGUUAAUGUGGCCGAUAUCAGCGCCCUGGAGAAUGAGCUUUCCUACGUAGCAUGCACUACUGAGAAGAUCUUUGAGGAGAAGAAAGAUCUCUAUGAUGUGUAUGUAGACAAUCAGAAUGUAAAGACCUACAGAGACGGGCUGAAGCCGCUGCUACGUCUCAGCACUGCAGACAGGGAGAAAUAUCGCAAACUCACCGAGCAGAGGCAGAUGUUGCUGUACUCCCAGGAGGAGAAUGGAGACUGUGUGUCCAGUGAAGAGGAUCUCUUUAUUCUGUUUUUCCUGGAGCAGAACAACAGGAUUUUCCAGACCCUGAGCGAGGUGGCAGGGAGCCCUGAUCCCACACUGACCCAGGAGAGUGUGAGGGCCAUGGGCCUUGAUCCUCACGGAGACAGGCUCUUCCUCCUCCAUUUGCUGGAGAUUUAUGGCUAUGACACCCUGCUAGUGUCGGAGCAGCUCUGCUGCAGCUGAGAGACGACAGACGGCCGGUUUCCCACCUUUCAUCACUGCUGGUUGUAAAAGUCUUGAGCCAGCUCUGAGUGCUGCACUACUGGUUUCUUGGAGUCUCCAGGAGUAAUUUGAGCCUCCAGAAAUAUCUCUGGCAUAACUUUUUUUCGUUGUAUAUCUCCCUGUGGUUCUGUGGUUCUGCUCAUUCACAACCUGAUGGCUUCAGUAACAUGUGGUCAUCUCGAAGCUCAACUGGGUGACUUGAUACAGCUGCAGCAUUUCAACAAUGAGCAGUCAGUUGUGUUUGAAGGCCAUGGAUGGUAGGUCCAAACAGAAGAUGAAGAUAACAGAAGAAAUAUUUAAGUGGUCCAAACUGUACUGGAUGAACAAAACAGAAGAGGUGGAGUGUGAGAGUGAAAGAGAGGUAGCCUUCCUGUAAAUAAUCCUGUUCUUUUCUUUAUGUACAGUGUGUCAGCGUAUGUGUGAUAUGGGGUACCAGUGUUGCUAUCCUUGUAUCAAGUGCUGGAUUUAAACAUCAAAUUUUAAGCCUCUAUGUCCAAAUCAGUACCUCCUUCUUUGAAAAAUAUCAUGUGAUUACUAGCAGGUCAAACCGCCUAUGUCUGUACACACUGCUGUUUAAGUGACACUUAAUGCAACAAACGACCAGUUGAUGGAUUUUGCCCUAUCAGUUUAUUUCCUUUUAAUGUUAAGGCUAAUCACUUUUAGUCUGAGCUGAAACCAAAUCAGAUUUUCAAAUGAUGUCCAACAGACAAAGGUGAGGUUGAAUAGAGGCAUAUUGCUCCCUGACUGUCAGCUGGGCCUGCAGAUCAGAGUAAUAAGCUGUUACAAAGACUCAGAACUGUUUAGUCUUUUAUGCUUUUUUCCAGUUGUGUUUUCAGCACUUGCAUCAAGAUGAAGACAGAGCUAACAACUCCAGUUGAUUCUCUUAAUUCAUAGAAACUAAGGUGAUUUUUUGUAACAGCUAAUACAAAAAAAAAAAAAAAAACACUUUUAAGCUCUGGACGUUUAUGAAGCACAUCAUAGAGACACAUAUUUUAGCUCCCUUUACAACAAGCAGAGCAGUUGUCUUAAUGCAGAGGGAAACACACAAGUGGGAAAAGAAACUAGACUUUUGUUUGUUGUCUGUUUUUUGUUAAUGGUUAAAGGGAUAGAAUCAUACAGCUGCAUUAAUCAAAUUAGGCCACUAGAUGGCAGUUAUCAAACACCAUGUUUUUAGGGAAGUUUUUUCUUAAAUCAAAGAACAAUGAUUGUGAGAUUGAACUACGAAGUAAAUGCCUCAUAAAAGCAAAACAACUAGCUUUCACAGCCAUUAGUCGUUAUUACUAUGAAAAAAUACUAAUUAAUACAGCUUUGAACAAAUGUUCUCCUUUGUUAAGGCAGUCUUGCUUUUCAGAAUUCUGAAUUUCUAAAAUUUAGUGACCAUUACCACACGGAAUAGUCUGACCUGUUACAUAAAUGUGCUAAAAAAGAAGAAAAGAAAAAAAGCUAAUAUCACAUUGAAUUAACAUCACUUCACGUCAAUCAUGGUGUUCACUUGCUCCUGAAAAGGAUGUUUGGUGCUUUGGUUACUCACUGGGCUUUGUGCCCAACACUUAAAAAAGAUAUAAUACUCUAGACUUAAAGGUUAUUGUCAUUUUCUGUUUAACACUACUCAUUCUUAUAUAUUUAAUUUGUUAUUUAUUGUUUUAUUUAUAGUUUGUUGCUUAGCUGUAAAUUGUUUUGAGUGUAAAUAUUCAAUUGCUGUAACAUCAUCUGUGAAGAAAUGGGAUCAGCUGAAUGUGUUUUAUAAGGCGAUAGUGAUCCUGUAAAGCCUCUGUGUAUCACUGCAAUUCUGUGUUGGACCGUCAGCUGUAAAAAAAACAAACAACCGUGAGCACAUUUUCACACAUCACAUGGCACCUUAGACAACCUGUACAAAGCUGAAGUAAACGUGUGUAGUUGAAGGAAUAGUCCAGCUCAUGUUAAAACACCUUCUCUUUAUUUAUUUUACUGUAAUCCAUUUCAGAAAUAAAGCGCGUUGACACUUAAGAAAAACACUGUUCUCAGUUUGAAUAUUGCAUAUAAACAACCUUUGUUUUCCUGAGCUUCACUUCUACAUUAUCCAUGUUUCAGGAUGUGUGAACAUACAUGAAUACUUUAUAUAGAGCUUAAUAUACAACAUUUAGGUGU